GGACACGUGGCAACAACAGGCCGCAUUUCGGGCACGUGCUAUGUUAGCCAAGUGUGCGGCAAAACUAAGAUCUUUUGGCAAAUCUUUAAGUGAUUUAUUGUCCACUAAAUUUCCAAUCGAUAGAUUAACAUGUAUACUUAGCGUCAAUUUAAAUGCAAUAAUAAUGAUAAAUGAAUUAAUGAAUUUGAUUGAUGUAUCGCAAAGAGAGGCAAAUCUGAGAGAUGGAGAAGCAGUUAUUAUUUACCAUAAUAUCAGUUAUACUGCAAACCAAUUUCUUAUAGGAUUAGCUAAUUUUCGGGAACUAUAUCCUGACCAACCACUCAUGUUCUAUAAUCAACUUAUAGCUAACCAACCUCAUUGCGGAGGUGCUGCUGGUGAUGGUGGAGGAGGUGCAGGUGAUGGUGAUGGUGAUGGUGAUGGCGGUUGAGGUGAUGAUGAUGCAGGCGCUUACGUUCAAGGAGGCUUAGGCGGUUAUCACGGAGGCGCGGCCGGUGGCUGUUAUAAUCAGAUACCUGUAGGCGGACAUCAAGCCGGAUGGGUUGGCGGUUAUAAUUAUCCAUACGUUGCUCCGGCUGAAUAUCCAUACUAUCCUCAACAAACACCACACCGGAUACUCAGAUCGAGUAAAACGGAACCAUCGAUGGCUAACAUGUCGUCGCCUAAAAGGCCGUUGGGUGGAUUUGUAUCGCCUCCCCGUGCGAUCACCUACAGUGAUAUGCAUGGCGGCGGCCCGGGUGGACAGCAUAGUCAACAGCGCAGCCAUCGGGCCAAUCCAUAUCCUCAGAUGUUUCCCUUUCACUGCGCUUAUGGACCACAUUCGCCGACAACAACAAUAACAGUACCGUUACUGUCAUCGAUGGCUCAGUCGCCGACCGAACCGAUAAUGUUUACGGCACCGGAACUGCCAGAAGAAACACUACUCGAUCGCGAACACAACGAAACGUUAGCCAAAUUGAAUUUUGUGUUAGCACUGGUCGAUUGUAUACAGGAUUUGGCCGAUACUAAAGCGUCGCCACUAUCGGUAUUAACCGAAUCGGUUAACAACAACAAUACGAAUAGUAAUAAUGAUAACAACAAAGAGAAUAUUCUGCUCUGUUAUGACAACACUAGAGGUAGACCAGUGCCGGCCGACAUACGUCUGAAGAUUGCCGACUUUGGUUUCGCCCGAUUUCUCGAUGACGGCGUUAUGGCGGCCACACUGUGCGGUUUACCCAUGUAUAUGGCACCGGAAGUGAUAAUGUCAUUGAAAUAUGACGCCAAAGCUGAUCUCUGGUCGAUAGCGACAAUUGUCUUUCAAUGUCUCACUGGAAAGGCUUUUCCGUUUCAAGCGUCGACACCGCAGGCGUUGAAAAAUUUUUACGAAAAAAAUCCCGAUUUGAAACCAAAGAUUCCGAGCGGAACGUCACCCGAAUUACGUGAUUUCCUGACCCGACUGUUGCGCCGCAAUGCCAAAGACCGGAUGGAAUUCGAAGAGUUUUUCAAUCACGCAUUCUUCCGAUUAGUUCCCAGUAAAGCAAUGCCCGUACGUUAUGACAACCCUAGAGGUAGUCCAGUGCCGGCCGACAUACGCCUGAAGAUUGCCGACUUUGGUUUCGCCCGAUUUCUCGAGGACGGCGUUAUGGCGGCCACACUGUGCGGUUCACCCAUGUAUAUGGCACCGGAAGUGAUAAUGUCAUUGAAAUAUGACGCCAAAGCUGAUCUCUGGUCGAUAGCGACAAUUGUCUUUCAAUGUCUCACUGGAAAGGCUUUUCCGUUUCAAGCGUCGACACCGCAGGCGUUGAAAAAUUUUUACGAAAAGAAUCCCGAUUUGAAACCAAAGAUUCCGAGCGGAACGUCACCCGAAUUACGUGAUUUCCUGACCCGACUGUUGCGCCGCAAUGCCAAAGAUUUCCACGAGUUUUUUAAUCACUCAUUCUUCCGAUUAGUUCCCAGUAAAGCUAUGCCCGUCCGACAGCCGUCCGGCGGACAUCAUCAACAGUGGACAGCGGAGGCGUCGGCAUCGCCGCUACAGUCGCCCGUAUCGUAUGGUUCGUCGGAAACAACAACAACAACACUGAUGGCUUCACAGCAGAACCGACAACCGCUAGUCAAAGCUGGCGGUGGUGUUGAUGGCGACGAUUCUUUAUCGACUCAAUCAUCAUCGGAUAACUCAUGCAAACAAAUGGACGAAGACUUUGUUAUGGUUACCGCCGAUCCAAAUAGUAAUACAGUUAUGGCCCGAACACCGUCACCGAAACAUAAGACAACAACAAGAACCGUUGAUGACCGGUUAUGCCAACAGUACAUAGUCGCCACUGUUACCGGCCAUAUGUGACACACCGGCUGUUGGUAGCCUAUAUGGACGGCACCGGCGGUAGUCCGACAAUAUGUUUAACAUUAUUACAGUGUACUACGGGUUCUCUUAAUUCCUAAAUUCCUCAAAUCCUAAACACAAAUCUAUUGUUUUAUUAUUAUUAUUAUUAUUAUUAAC